AUGGCGGACGCACUAAAAGCAGAGGGAAACAAGCUCUUCGCAGAGAAGAAGUUCGCCGAGUCCAUCGAGAAGUUCUCACAGGCAAUCGAACUCGAUCCCUCGAAUCACGUCCUAUACUCGAACCGAUCGGGCGCAUAUGCGUCGUUAAAGGAUUGGCAGAAGGCGCUGGAGGAUGCGAACAAGGUCACAGAGAUUAAGCCAGACUGGGCCAAGGGCUGGGGUCGCAAGGGAACGGCGCUACAUGGCGAGGGCGAUUUAGUGGCAGCCACAGAGGCCUUUGAAGAGGCACUCAAACUCGAUCCAAGCAAUGCCCAGGCAAAGUCAGGCCUCGAUGCCGUCAAGCGCGCCGUCGAAGCAGAGGCGAACGACAGCGGUGCAGGCCUCGGUGGCAUGUUCAGCGACCCGAACAUGAUCCAGAAGCUCGCAGCGAACCCCAAGACGGCUGCCCUCCUUGGUGACGCAGAGUUCAUGAGCAAGCUCCAACAGCUACAGAAGAACCCCAACAUGGCUGGCGCGUUCAUGCAGGACCCCCGCUUCCUCCAGGUCAUGAGCGUUCUACUAGGAAUCGACAUGUCCUUCGGCCAGGGACCUGGUGCUGGAGGUGCAGGCGAUGCAGGUGCAAAGGAAGCCGAGGAGGACGUCGAGAUGCCCGAUGCGCGACCAGCUCCCGAGCAACCGAAGAAGGCGCCCGAGCCAGAGCCCGAGCCAGAGCCUGUAGAAGAGUCUGAGGAGGACCUGGCUGCGAAGAAGGCAAAGGCCGAGGCUGAUGAGCUGAAGAAGAAGGGAACCGAGUUCUACAAGAAGCGACAAUUCGACGAGGCUAUCGAGAACUACAACAAGGCCUGGGAACUGCACAAGGACAUUACAUACAGGACCAACCUUGGAGCUGCCAAAUUCGAAAAGGGCGAUUACGAAGGCUGCAUUCAGGCUUGUAACGAGGCUGUUGAAUAUGGUCGCGAGAUCCUGGCGGAUUUCAAGGUCAUUGCCAAGGCUUUUGCACGCAUCGGUACCGCAUACGAGAAGAUGGGCGAUCUCGGCAACGCAAUUACCUACUACCAAAAGGCACAAACCGAACACCGCACACCCGAGGUCCUCGCGAAGCUCCGUGCUGCAGAAAAGGCCAAGGUCAAGCAAGAGAGGGAGUCGUACAUCAACCCGGAGGAGGCUGAGAAGGCGCGUGAGCUCGGCAAUGCCAAGUUCAAGGAGUCCAACUGGCCAGAGGCCGUUGAGGCAUACUCAGAGAUGAUCAAGCGCGCACCGGACGACCCAAGAGGAUACUCCAACCGCGCCGCCUGUUUCAUCAAGUUGCUCGAGUUCCCAUCAGCGGUACAGGACUGCGACGAAGCCAUCAAGCGCGACCCCGACUUCAUCCGAGCGUACCUGCGGAAAGCUCAAGCAUACUUCACCAUGCGCGAGUACAACAAAUGUAUCAACGUUUGCGCAGAAGCCAUGGAACACGACAAGGAUGGCAAGAACGCACGAGAGAUUCAGCAACAAGAGUCCAAGGCUCUGCAAGCACAAUACUCGGCACGUGAGGGCGAGACUGAGCAACAAACUAUGGAGCGUAUUCAGCGCGAUCCUGAGAUUGUCGGCAUCCUACAAGACCCCGUCAUGCAGGCCAUUCUUCAGCAAGCCAAGGACGACCCUGCGGCUCUGCAAGAGCACUUGAAGAACCCGAGCAUUCGUUCCAAGAUCCAGAAGCUGGUGCACGCCGGUGUCAUCAGAAUGGGACGAUAG